CGGAGACAAAAAUCUCAUAACCGUCGAAUGAAAGGGAGAAAGAAAGACGACGACGGCGACGAAAGUCGUUAUCUGCAGCGACGGCCACACACCUCACAUCAUCCUUCCCUUCACGCCACGUGUCCAGAGAAACACCUUUUGUACCAGAUAGCCUCGUCCCUACCUUGUACUGUACCUCCAGCAUUCCCCUUCACCGCUUUCAUGUAUAUCCGCUGCCAGACCUCACUCCUCGAGCCCAGCAAUUUUUUCAACUCUGCGGAAGCCUAUAUAACUCACUUUUAUGCCCUAAUAAUCACACUUCGUAAAGCUUAAUUUGAGUGGUAUUAGUUGUUUUGUGGGGCUGACAGUAGACUCAGAGGAGCAGAGGGAGAUGGAUCACGCAGCAGAUGCCCACCGGACCGAUUUAAUGACGAUAACGAGGUAUGUGUUGAACGAGCAAUCAAAGCACCCGGAUUCGCGUGGGGAUUUCAGUAUUUUGCUCAAUCAUAUUGUUCUUGGCUGCAAAUUCGUUUGCUCUGCUGUUAACAAGGCGGGUCUUGCCAAGCUCAUUGGGCUUGCUGGGGAGACAAAUGUGCAGGGUGAAGAGCAAAAGAAACUGGAUGUGCUUUCAAAUGAAGUAUUCAUCAAGGCUUUAGUAAGCAGUGGCCGAACAUGUAUACUUGUCUCUGAAGAAGAUGAAGAGGCAACAUUUGUGGAGCCUGACAAGCGUGGAAAGUACUGUGUUGUUUUUGAUCCGUUGGAUGGAUCCUCCAACAUUGACUGUGGCGUUUCUAUUGGAACGAUAUUCGGGAUUUACAUGAUGAAACAUGGCCAUGAACCAACUCUAGAUGAUGUUUUGCAACCUGGGAAAAACAUGGUAGCAGCUGGCUAUUGCAUGUAUGGAAGCUCUUGCAUGUUUGUAUUGAGCACUGGAAGUGGUGUUAAUGGCUUCACCCUUGAUCCAUCCCUUGGGGAGUUCAUACUUACACACCCUGAUAUUAAGAUUCCAAAGAAAGGAAAGAUUUAUUCUGUGAAUGAAGGAAAUACUAAGAACUGGGAUGAUCCAACAACUAAGUAUGUGGAAAACUGCAAAUUCCCUAAGGAUGGUUCCUCACCAAAGUCUCUAAGAUACAUCGGAAGAGCUUCUUGUGCUAUGCAGUAUGCACGUGCAAUUUCAACUUGUAUUCUGUGGGUUGCAUCAGAGGGUCCUAUAUUUUUGGCAAAAACCACGUUUAAAGAGAAACAUGUUGUCCCUUUCAUUAAGAUUCGCUGAAACAACGUUAGUCCAUUCAAUUUCUUUCUCAAUGUCUGUGAAACUCUUAAGUCCAUGUUAAGGAUUGAAUCCUUAACCAUUCAGAAGGAGAGAAAAGGGGAAAAUUGUAGAGUAGAGAGAAUGAGAGAGAGAGAGAUAGUAGAAAGAAAGAUUGAUAAAUGUUGAUAAUUCUUGGAAUGCUAAUACAAGAGAUGAUAUCCGAGUUAUAUAGCAGACUCCACAACUGCUAGUAACUAAUUCAGCUACUUGACAACGACCCAACUUCUUUAGUUAACUGCUUAAUUCUUUUCCUGCCUUUCUACUGCCACCUCAUCAAUAUUUUGCCACUUAAUAACAAUUCUUCUCUCUUAUACAUAACAGUCCACUGCCAAAUCUCUGUAAUUUCCUAAG